CCCUUUUUUCCACUUCGUUACUUAUCAUUACACACUUCGGUGUAACUGUCAUGCUGAUACACUCCGGCAACGCUGCCACACCACAACAACAGCAUGACAGAAAUCUCGCUUAUACUUAUCGAUAUGAGUCAUCAUCAGCUUUGUCAAACCCAGUUACGGAUCAGCAAUACUUGAGUGAGAAUUUACUUUGUGAUACGACAAGUAGAAUACAACGAAAUCAACAACAAAAAACAUCUACUUUAAUCAACAAAUUGCAAACACAACUAAAUGAAAUCGACCCACGAUUCGAACAACGGGAAAUUCUUGACAAAAUGAAGCCUAGCUACUACAUUGAGGAUAUUUACAAGGCUGUGGCGCGCAACUACGAGUAUAAGCUCGCAACAAAAACGAAUCAUUUGCCACCAGCUGCCAAUCAGCAGUUGUACCACCCCAUUGUCGGUAAAGCAACAUACUCGCCAUUCUCAAAACACUUCACCGAAAUUGUAUAUGCGCCGCUAACGCCGCUAACACACUUCCAAGGCAUGAACGGUGUGGAGCAGCAAACUCCGCCACUAAAUGCACUGCCUUGCUUUCAACACAAAAGCCAUUCUAACCAGCAGCAAUAUGCUCCCGAGCGGCGCACUGUUGCGAAUACUCGACCAGCUCAUGAGAAGCUUUUACCCUAUCCACCCUCUUUUAUUAGCAUCACAAGCACAAGUACAACGGCGACACCACCGCAAAAUGCACCGAGAAAUAGCGUCGAUUAUGAUGUCAAAGGUAUCAGUCAAUUUCCGGAUAUUUUUAUCAAGCGCCAAGAUAAAUCAUUAUUGGAUUCGUAUAUCCCAAGUUGGGUGAUGGCGCGUAUUAUACAGCAAAACAAGUGGCUGCAACGCAAGCAAUUGUCCCGAUUUAUGAUACCCACGCAUACAUUGGCAUAUCCGAUUGAGAAAAGGGUAGCCUAAAAGUAGGCGUGGAAUGUGGAUUAUGAAAAUGUCUAUACUGUAAGCAGCGUAGUGUAGUCUAAUUUUAGGCAGUCAACGGAUUUUUGAUUUUUUUAGUCAUUUAUUAUGGUGUUUUUAACACAUAUUGUUAUGUAUGUAGUACCACUAGAGUUUACUUGGAAUAAGUUGAAAAUAGUUCGCGAAUAAAUAGUUGCAUAACUAG